AUGGCUAAUCUUGCUGGUAAAGUUGAGGCUGAAGUUGAGAUAAAAUGUGAUGCUGAUGAGUUUUUCCAUAGCUGGGGUGGUAAGGCACACCAACUGCCAAAUUUGUGCCCUGAAAAAUUGCACAACGUUGAAGUACAUGAAGGUGACUGGAAGACAGAGGGUUCUGCUAAGCUCUGGACAUAUGUUCAUGCUCAGAUCUGCUCUUCUUUCCUUAAUUUUGCGUUUGUGUGUGAUCGAUUGUGUGGGUUUGUGUCUGGAAGAUGUGACGGGAAAAAGAAAGUUGCCAAGGAGAUCAUCGAAGCCAUUGAUGAAGAAAAGAAGCUAGUCACAUUCAAGGUUAUUGAAGGAGAUCUCAUGGAACUUUAUAAGACCUUCAUUGCAACUGUUCAUGUUGAUACGCAGGGUGAAAGCAACGUGGUGACAUGGACUUUCGAGUAUGAGAAGCUGAAUGAGAAUGUCGAAGAUCCCAAUACAUUGAUGGGCAUGUGUAUUAAUAUGACCAAAGACAUUGAAGCUCACCAUCUCCAGCAAUAGACAUUCUCUAAGAUGUAUGGCUUAUUGACGAUACCAAGUUCUUGUCUGGUAUAUGAAUGUUUGAAAGUGUUAUGUGUGACUAUUUUCUGCUGCAAAUAAUGUGUAUCGGCCAAGAAAUAUGG